AUGUCUGGAUUAAGGAUUCUUGUACCCGUGAAGAGAGUUAUAGACUAUGCGGUCAAACCCCGAGUCAAUAAGGCCCAAACAGCGGUCGAGACCGCGGGCGUAAAACAUAGCAUGAACCCUUUCGACGAACUGUCAAUCGAAGAAUCAGUACGCAUCCGCGAGAAGAAGACCUAUCCCUCUGGCGUCGAAGAUAUCCUCGCCUUCUCAUGCGGCCCUCCCAAAAGCGCCGACAUUCUCCGCACAGCCAUGGCCAUGGGCGCUGAUCGCAGUAUACAUGUCGAAGUGAAAGAAGGGGAGGAGCCAGAGCCACUUGGCGUAGCUAAGAUGCUGAAGGCUGUGGUGGAGAAGGAAAAGAUCAACCUGGUUUUCCUCGGCAAGCAGAGUAUUGAUGAUGAUGCUGGGCAGACGGGACAGAUGCUAGCGGGCUUGUUAGGCUGGGGACAGGCGACGCAAGCCAGCAAGGUCAGUUUUGAUGGGGAUGGAAAGGGUGUUACAGUUGAGAAGGAGGUAGAUGGUGGAACGGAGACCGUGAAGGGCGUGUUGCCUAUGAUCAUCACUGCGGAUUUGAGAUUGAACGAGCCACGGUAUGCGAGUCUGCCGAAUAUCAUGAAGGCGAAGAAGAAGAAGAUUGAGAAGAUGGCUCCCGGGGAUCUUGGGGUGGACGUUGGGAAAAGGCUGAAGACUUUGAAAGUCAUUGGUAUGUUGAUCUAUUCCCGGCAAGGGUCCUGUCAUCUGUGA